CGCGUCUUCCAAUCUCGACAUGUAACGUCACGUCACGUGACACUAGAGCACGCGUCACGUGGUUUCACCGUUCAUGUGAUUUGUGUUUUGACUUCGCUGCCAAGCCAUGGCCAACAGGUACCCGAUUGUGGUGCAGGGCGAGGCGUCAGAGACAGACUCCGAUGAAGAAGUCUACAUCACGUCCCUGUCUGCGCCCCAAACUGUGUCAGUGGGAGCCAAGGUUCCUGGGGAGGCGUCUGAGACAGACAGCGAGGAUGAGCCGGAGCGGGCGGACAGAGAGCCGAGAGCCGACACGAGUGCAGCAGCGAUCCAGGAGAGCGCUCAGAUACUGAGGAGAGACCUGCCUCCUCUCAUAGUAGUCAGAGACCAUCCUGAUAUACAGUCAAUAGUGGAAGACAGGCCGAGCCCGACCCACAGACCACAAGGUGACACCCUGCUACAGCAGAAGCUGCAGGAGUCUAACAGUCGGCUGUACUCUGAUGUGGGACACGCACUUCGGCAGGCUUAUGGCAAUGCCAGCCGAGAGGUGCGCAGUGCUACAGCUCAGCUCAAUGCCUCACAGAGUGCCAUUAUCAAUACUUCUCACAGCAUCAGAUUAAUACUCGAUGACCUGAAGGCUGUGUCGGAGAAGAUAGACAUCAUCACCAGCUGCCAUCUCCUGCCUGAUAUUAACAUCAGUAAUCCAGUUAAUAAUACAACCCCCGUGCCUUAAAGAAUGAGCAUUAUUAUUAUUAUUAUUAUUAAACGUAUCGGUUAUACAUAGAAUUAUAGGUAUAUUGGAGAGAGGGACAGUUUUUCCUCCACAGUAGGUUUUCAAAAUAUAUUACAAAUUACAAAUAGUACAUACAGUACACUUAUGAACAGCUUCAGGUUACAUUUAAACCUCUGGUUCAGCUGUUAAAUAUUGUUUGUCCCUGUGCUGAGAUCUUCAGAUAAACUUGUAAGACGAUGGAGUCAGUCUGAGUAAGAAAAAUACAUGCACAUCGGUUUUGGGACUUUUUGCCUGGAUUACACUUUUGUUUACAUUUCACAUUUUUACUGUUUGUUGUUUGUGAAAAUAACUUAAACCCAAUGUUAUCGCUCCAUAUCAGCUAUAAGAACAGGUUUAUACAUUGCUCUGUGCUCCCCUGUUAUAGGCAGGU